GGGGGACCGGCGCGGUGGGAGCGGCUGCCUCAGCGGGAACUGGAUCACCGGGGGCCACCGGUUGCAGGAGGAGCCUUGCCGCAGGCUCUCAGAAGCCCCGCGGCGCGAGGGAGCAGGGCCAGGUAACGAUUCUUUUGUGGAAUUAUCCUUUGGUAUGAUAUUUUCAUAAUGAAUCAACAAGGUUAUGUGGCUACACCCCCCUAUUCUCAGUCUCCGCCUGGAAUAGGUCUUUCACCACCUCAUUAUGGGCACUAUGGUGACGCAUCUCACACAGCAUCUCAACCAGGUAUGAUGAAACCAGCAGGGCCCUUGGGGACUGCCAGUCCUGGGGGGAUGUUGCCUUCAGGUCCUCCACCACCUGGAACCCAUCAAUUUGGUCAUAAUGGAGCUCAUGCUUCCGGGCAUCCACCGCAAAGAUUUCCAGGCCCUCCACCGAUCAACAAUGCAGCGCCCUCCUAUACGUCAUAUUCACCCUCUCCGCAACCCGCUUAUCCAAGUCCUGUGUCCACUUCCGUCACCCAACUGAACAGUCAGCUCAGUGCCAUGCAGAUUAACACCUAUGGUUCAAGCAUGGGUCCCCCUAGUCAGGGCCCCCCUGGCCCUCCAUCGACAGCACAAAUCCAGGGUCCACCUCGGCCUACACAGCCGUCCAUUCUGCAGCCUGGAUUGCAGGUCCUUCCUCCACCACCCACUGCACUAAAUGGUCCUGGUCCCUCACCUUUGUCUCCACCAGUGCACAGGCCAGAUGGGCUUGCUGGACCAGCUCCUCCAAACGCCCAGUACCAGCACCCACCUCCUCCAGGACAGCCCAUGGGUGCAGGAUAUUCUCCACAGCAAGCCAAUUUUGGCCCUCCAAUGCCUGGCACACAGCUGUCCUACCCAGGAGGCUUCCCCGGAGGCCCUGCACAGAUGGCAGGCCCACCCCAGCCCCCAAAGAAGCUGGAUCCAGACUCCAUCCCCAGCCCAAUCCAAGUAAUUGAGAAUGACAGAGCCACACGAGGGGGACAAGUCUAUAUGACCAACACCAGAGGCCAAGUUCCUCCCCUGGUCACUACAGAUUUUAUGGUACAAGACCAAGGGAACGCGAGUCCUCGAUACAUCCGUUGCACAACAUACUGUUUCCCAUGCACGUCAGAUAUGGCCAAGCAAGCUCAGAUCCCAUUAGCUGCUGUCAUCAAACCCUUUGCCACAAUUCCGUCAAAUGAGACACCCCUUUACCUGGUAAAUCAUGGUGAGACUGGACCAGUCAGAUGCAACAGGUGCAAAGCCUACAUGUGCCCAUUCAUGCAGUUCAUUGAAGGAGGAAGGAGGUAUCAGUGUGGGUUUUGCAACUGUGUCAAUGAUGUUCCACCGUUCUAUUUCCAACACUUGGACCAUAUGGGGAGAAGACUGGACCACCAUGAGAAGCCAGAGCUAUCUUUAGGAUCUUAUGAAUAUGUGGCUACUUUGGAUUACUGCAGAAAAAAUAAGCCUCCCAACCCACCAGCCUAUAUCUUCAUGAUUGAUGUUUCAUAUAGUAACAUAAAAAAUGGCCUUGUGAAACUCAUAUGUGAAGAACUCAAGACGGUGCUGGAAAAACUUCCAAAGGAAGAGCAAGAAGAGACCUCUGCGAUUCGAGUUGGUUUUAUCACAUAUAACAAAGUUCUCCAUUUCUUUAAUGUAAAGAGCAAUUUGGCCCAGCCUCAGAUGAUGGUGGUGACAGAUGUGGGGGAGGUCUUUGUUCCUUUGUUGGACGGUUUCCUUGUCAACUAUCAAGAAUCCCAGUCUGUGAUUCACAAUUUAUUGGACCAAAUUCCAGAGAUGUUUGCAGACUCGAAUGAAAACGAGACUGUCUUUGCUCCUGUCAUCCAGGCCGGCAUGGAGGCGCUCAAGGCAGCAGAAUGUCCUGGGAAGCUGUUCAUCUUCCAUUCCUCCUUGCCCACUGCAGAAGCUCCUGGGAAGCUCAAAAACAGAGAUGACAGAAAGCUGGUCAAUACAGACAAAGAAAAGAUCCUUUUUCAGCCUCAAACAAAUGUCUAUGAAUCUCUGGCGAAGGACUGCGUGGCUCACGGCUGCUCUGUGACCCUCUUCCUCUUCCCCAGUCAGUACGCGGACGUGGCCUCUUUGGGUCUUGUUCCUCAGCUCACUGGAGGAACCCUCUACAAAUACAACAAUUUCCAGAUGCACUUGGAUAGCCACCAGUUUUUGAACGAUCUUAGAAAGGAUAUCGAGAAGAAAAUAGGAUUUGAUGCUAUUAUGAGAGUCCGAACCAGCACAGGUUUCAGAGCCACUGAUUUCUUUGGUGGCAUUUUUAUGAACAACACCACUGAUGUAGAAAUGGCCGCCAUCGACUGUGACAAGGCCAUAACUGUGGAGUUCAAGCAUGAUGACAAGCUUGGUGAAGACAGUGGAGCCUUGAUCCAGUGUGCUGUGCUUUACACAACUAUCAGUGGCCAGAGACGACUCCGGAUCCACAACCUUGGUUUAAACUGCAGCUCCCAACUAGCCGAUCUCUAUAAGAGCUGUGAGACAGAUGCUCUGAUCAACUUCUUUGCCAAGUCAGCUUUUAAAGCAGUUCUCCACCAGCCCUUGAAGGUCAUCCGGGAAAUUCUGGUUAAUCAGACUGCCCAUAUGUUAGCUUGUUACCGAAAGAACUGUGCAAAUCCCUCUGCAGUAAGCCAGCUUAUUCUCCCGGAAUCCAUGAAAGUAUUGCCAGUGUACAUUAAUUGUUUGUUAAAAAGCUGUGUGCUGCUCAGCAGACCAGAGAUCUCAACAGAUGAACGGGCAUUUCAGAGACAGCUGGUCAUGACCAUGGGUGUGGCUGACUCUCAGCUUUUCUUCUAUCCACAACUUCUGCCAAUUCACACAUUAGAUGUCAAGAGCACAAGUUUACCUGCAGCUGUUCGUUGUUCCGAGUCCCGUCUUUCAGAAGAAGGAAUAUUCCUACUGGCUAAUGGUCUAAACAUGUUCUUAUGGUUGGGAGUAAGUAGCCCACCGGAAGUGAUCCAAGGAAUAUUUAAUGUGCCAUCUUUUGCACAUAUCAGCACAGAUAUGACAUUACUGCCUGAGUUGGGAAGUCCAUAUUCUCAAAAACUCAGAAUGAUUAUGAGUAUUAUUCAGCAGAAGAGGCCGUAUUCAAUGAAGCUCACAAUAGUAAAGCAACGAGAACAGCCUGAAAUGAUUUUCCGACAGUUUCUGGUAGAAGACAAAGGACUUUAUGGAGGCUCAUCUUACGUGGAUUUCCUUUGCUGUGUUCACAAGGAGAUCUGCCAGCUGCUCAGUUAAUCGAAACUUCUCUGCUGUUAACUUUGCAUUUCUAAGGAGAUAAUCUCCGUCUCGGUGCCUAAUUCUUCAGAUGAUAACAAACUAGUUUUGAUUUCUUGCUUACUUUCAGAAUAGCUUUCUUUCCAAGAUGGCAUUUAGAACUCCAGCUUUGGUGCUCAGGUAUGAAGCCAGUGAAGAUACAGUCGUAUCUUAAAGGGAACAGUUUCUUUCUGAUCGCACAAUUUUUUACCUUUAAAACUGAUGAUGUUUGUGGGUCAUGAAAGACCAAGUUUACAGAACUGUAAACAUUGUAAACAUUCUCAAUUUUCUUUCUUUGUGCAAGACAUAUAAAUUAUUUUUCAAAAUGUAUAGAUUUGGAGUAAAAAUUUGUCUUGGUUACUAUCUCAUUUGCUGUGAGGGAAAAAAAAAUAAACCAACCAACACUUAAUUUUUACAUUAUACCUGAUUUUUUUAAAGCCAUGUAACCCCAUUGAAUACAUUUUUCAACUUAAGGUUUGCAUAGCAGACUUUUAAUAGCCUUGAAAUCUAUCUGGUUGAACCAUUUAUGUUUUUUCCAUAAUUAUAUAAUGUGUAUGUUUAAACUAUUUUCUAGUUGUUGUUUUGUCUAUAAAACUGUCUUAUCAAUAUUCUUAAUGGUUCUUUGUACAAUUUUGAAGGUUUCUACCUGUAUAUAAUGGAUCUUAACCAGUAUCAAUAAAUCACUUCAUAUACUCUUA